UGACACUAGUGCAAACGCGAAAAUCACCAAAUUCAAUGACUUGUUUGUUUGCCGCCGUUGAGGUUAUAUAAAAGCUGUUUAAAAACAGUGAAAAGUUACAAUAAAAUGAAUCUCAGAUCAAAGAAAAACGAGAAGAAAACAGUGGAAAAACCGAAGACUCAACACGAGGCUAAAAAGUGCGUUGCUUCGAAGAGACAGAAGAAAGAUGUUUGUGAGGCUUCUCAUUCGAAAAAGGAGUCGAUUUCUAGCGAAUUCACGAAGAAAACUGAUUCGAGGCCCUCAACACGGUCAAAUAAUCGCCUAAAAGCUUCCUCGGUAUCUAAACUCGAAGUGCAAAAGAAGUGCGCGAAUGUUUCUGUAAAAACUGGAUCCCCAGGGAAAAAACCCCAAAAGAAAAUCAGUGUUAACAAUAGUACAGGAAAGAGUUUAAAACAGAAAGCUGUGAAAAAAGUACUUAUUGAUACAUCAAAACCUCCAAUACAAAACAAAGUUUUAUCCCCUGUGAAAACCCCACUCGUAUCUAGAAUUAGGAAGAAGAAAGAUGUUAAUUAUGCUGAAAGCAGUUUAGAAUUGACAAGAAAUGAAUCAAAAACUGAUAAUUUUAAAAAGUUGCCCAUUUACAAACAACCUCUGAAAGAAGAAAAACCCAAGAAACGUAAAGGAGACUUGUAUGAAUUUGACUCAGACAGUGAGAAGUACAAAAAGAGAAAAAAACAAAAGUAUGAUGAGGAUUCAAGUUAUGAUGAAUACAAUAAGACAAUCCAGAGUAUUCUUAGAAAAAUCAAAAUCAGGGCGAAAAAUAGAAGUCAGAAAGGUGUUUGCACUGAUCUUAAGAAAACUGAGGAAAAUCAGGCAAAGAAAGUACAAAAGGGGAAGGUUCCUGUAGUACUACUUGAGAGAAUUCCUAUAGAAAAUCUUCACAAACCUAAAGAAAGUAAUAAAGAAAUUUCCGGUUUUGCUCUCAAUAAGAAUAUUGAAAAACCAAAUAUUAAUAUCCUCAGUGAUGAGUCAAAUUUAAGUCACGCGAGUCCAGCAAAUCUCCACAAACUUGAAGAAGUUAAUGAAGAGUUUUUCGGUUUUGAUAUCAAUGAGAAUGUUGAAAAACCAAAAAUAAAAAUCCUCAGUAAUAUUCAACUGAAGCCCCCUGUUGAAUUAAACUUAAGUCUUGUGAGUCCGGGUUUAUUUAGGGAGGGCCGACCUGACGCAAAUAGCACCAUGGUCAACAACCUUUUGACUCCUUGGAGGUUCAAUGAUGUCAACGUACACCGUAAUCCACAUUUUAUUACACUUAAAAAAUCAUCACUACCGAGCAUUAAUCAAGAAAUGGUCUUGGAUCAUACUAUCGUUGACAAAUUCCAAGAAUUUGAGCAUACACCACGGAAAAAAUUUCAGGAAAGUCGGAGAACACCGGUCCAAAAAACCCUCACUGAAUAUUUUUGUCCCAACAACGAAAAUAAGGAAAAUGUGAACAUCACACAGAGUAGUCUUUUCGACAGUGACCAACUUAGUCCCCUGAAAAAUAGAACCACCUUUUGCGAAAAAGUUCAUCCAGUUAAAAGAAAGAUUUUGGGCGAAAGAAAUGAAAAUGUAAUUGAAUCUCGUGUAAUUUCGACGCCGAUUAAACUUGCAAAAAGAUCAAAUCUCAACGAGACAAACUUUGGUUUUACUUCAGUUGAUGACGAAAGCAUUGAAGAAAUUUUGCCAAAGAAAAAUGCUGACCAAAACCCGUUCAGAUUUUCUAUGUGCGAAAACGAUAAAAAAUACAUGCGAAAACGUAAAGUUAAAAUUAUGGAAAAGUUACCAUCAAGUGAUGACGAAAGUGAGGAGUAUGAUCUUAGUGACAAUGAGAGCCGAAGUGGUGGUGAAAUAAGGUUAUUUGAAGACUGUGAACCAACUCAGAAUCUUCUAGAGUUACAGGACGAAAAAACUGCUGCAAGAAAGAAAAAAGCGGUUGAUAAUAAAAAAUAUAGAAAACGCAAAGAUAUGAUGACUAAGGAAGAGGAGCAAGAAUAUGAAAAUUGGGCGUCGGCAUUUAAUUCUAUGUGUGAACAGAUUGAGGAGUUUCCCUUGGAAAUCGAAUAAGAGUUUUAGCAUGACAGGACUUUUAUUUAUUUCACAGAAUUUUUAUUUGUACAUAUAUGUUUAAUUUUUACGAAUCUUAUAGUUGCGUAAUUGUUUUUGCCAUAACUACUUUAUUUUUAUUAUAAUUAACUUUAGAAGUUUAGUUUACAUAUUAAUUUAUGGUAAAUUUUAUAUACAAUAAAAAUCUAUAAUAGAUAAAGUUUUCUAAUCACUCUUAAUCGUUGGAGUGUUGCUAAUUUCAGCCAUGAAUGGCGCCACCAAACCUAAGAUACCAGGAACAUGAAAAAAAUG